CUUUCCAAAUCCACGGGAGCCUCUCGUUCGUUAUCCGCAAACCGUCAUUACACCUGCCAUCGGCGCAUCGCCCUCCCCUCCAUUCUCGCCGUCGCCGCCGUCUUCUCCUCCUUCUUCUCGUCGCUGCCGUCGAAGUUCCGGAAAUGACCUUGAGCUUGUGCUCGUGCUCCCCGUGCCUCUCUCGCUUCCCUCUCUCUUCCUCCGCCCUCCACCUCUCCCGAUGCUCCCCCACCAACACCGCCCUGCUCUCCAUCCUCCUCUGCGGCGGCGGCCACUCGGCAGCUCCCCGCCACCUCCGGGACUCGCCUUCUCCCUCCUCCGCCGUCUCCCGGCGCCCCUUCGAGAGCAGAGCUUCGCUGAGCGAGAGCGAGAGCGGCGUCGCCGGCGAGGAGUCGUCGUCGUCGUCCUCGGCCUCCACCUCGGCGAUUUUGAGCGACGAGGUGGUCGGCGAAGCGUCCGGCGCUGGAGACGCUGACGAGGCGCUGCGGAUCAUCGCGGAGAAGGCCGGCGGGAGCGGCGGCGUGGUCGGCGUGUCUGAUUGCUGCUCGAUCAUGAACGCGGCGCUCGAGCGCGGGAAUGCCGAGCUGGCUCUGUCCGUGUUCUACGCCAUGCGCUCGACUUUCGAUCAAGGUCUAGGUGAAGACGGUGCUUAUGUCGGCAGGUGGAGAUGGUCCAGGCCCGACAUGCGCGUAUAUUCGCUGUUAGUUCAUGGUCUUGCGGCAUCCCUAAGGGUUUCUGAUGCUCUAAGUGUGAUUGAUAUCAUAUGCCAAGUAGGGGUUUCUCCUGGCGUGGAGCAGGUCCCUUUCGGGAAGGUUGUGAGAUGUCCAAGUUGUAUGAUAGCUGUCGCCGUCGCGCAACCCCAAGAUGGUAUUCAAAUUGUUUCCUGUGCCGCCUGCCGUUACAAGUACGAGCUAGUUUCGGGUGACAUUAUUAGCAUUGAGUCUGAAGAGAUCAGCAUGGAUGUUCCAGCAUGGAAACGGGGGCUAAGAUUUCUGAAUUUAACAAAGCAAACUAUUCCUGCUGCAGUUCACUCUGUUGUGGUACAGACCCCUUCUGGCGUGGCACGCACUCACCGGUUUGCCACUGAAACAGCAACUCUUCCUGCUCAGGCAGGAGAGAGAGUAACAAUGGCUUUAGCAGCUCCAUUAAAUGUUUACCGGGAGGUGGGUCCAUUAAAGUUUAGCCCAAAGGCUCCCAACUUCUACCCUGGUGAGCCUAUGUGCCUCACAAACCACAAAGAUGGAAGGGAAUCACUACUUUUAAGAGCACCUGCCAAAGACAGAAAUUCAUCAUUGUUCAAUCCAUCUGUUCUUUUUCCACUUCUGGCUGUGCUGGCCACUGGAGAUGCUGCAUCUGGAUUGAUUGAUCCCAGCUUGCCUCAGCUCCUUUCAGUCGGUGCUGUUGCAUUUCUCACAGUUGGGGCUACUUUAAAUUUGCUGGUUUUUCCCCAAUUAAGCAGACUACCCCAGCGAUCAGUCGAUGCAACUGCAAUCAAACAGCAGCUUCUGUCUCAAUAUGCCGUUCUCCAGUCUCGCAUCAAAGAUCUGAAAGAAGCUGCUGAAAAAGAGGUAUGGAUGUUAGCUCGCAUUUGUCAACUUGAGAACAAGAUUUAUGCUGUUGGAGAACCAUCUUACCGGGCACGGAAAAGUAGAGUAAAAAGGGUGCGAGAAGGCCUGGAAAACUCAUUGAGGGGACGGAUUGAAUUAAUUGAAAGUUAUGCUAGAAUAUCUUCAAUGAUUGAAAUUGAGGUAGAACUGGACUCUGAUGUUCUGGCAGCUGAAGCAGCAAGCAACGUGGAAAGUGUUGCUGAACAAAUACAGCAGAUAAUGGAGAUAGAAAAACUUGAAGAGAAAUGGAGGCUACAAGCUGAAGCAAAUGAUGAAGCUGAAAGACUCCUCAGUUCCCAACCCGUAGUUACAGAACAGGAUUAAAUUAUAAAUAACUGCUUACGCAAUUUUGGCAUGGAAUUUCGUCUACCUGCUUCAUGAUCUUUUGCCAGAUCAUUCAACCGUCAGCAGGCGAUCUUCUUUGAUGUUGUAGGGUGGUACACGGCGUGCUGAACGGUCAGUCUUUCCAUAAAAUGACAACACUGGUCGCAAAAUCGGAAUCCUUUACCAGUUUUGGGGGAAAAAAUGACCCGAAGUUGGCACUUCUUAUGCACGGUAAUUUCACAAGAUUCGGCUCCUUUGUAACCCAGUCCAGGCUAAGGAGGCUGUGUUCUUGGAUAGUUCUUCUGUUGUUACAGUCAAUUUGAAUCUCUUUUCUCCUCAUCAAUGCUGUUCCACAAAGAACAAAAAGCUUCUCUCUAAGAAAGAGAGCUCUUGCUUAAUGCUUUCAAUGUUGAAAAUCAUGGAAUUGCCUCCGUGACCGUGACACUGUUGCAAGAUAAAUACUGUAUCAGUACAUGUAUGAUGUUUAUAGGUGCCUCUCAUUUAGUUACAUACCAGAAUAGAAGGCCCGAAUUUUUUUUUCCAAAACAGUCCUAUUGCGCCAAGCUAGCAUAGUCUGUCCAUCUCCACCGAACUAAUUGUGGUUAUGUUGACUGCUAAGUAUCAUCACACUCUGAAGUUAGUUGAUGUGGAACAAUCA